AUGUUUGAAUUGUUUUGAUCUCAUAAACAUAAACAAAAACAAACAAAUAAUACAAUAAUUAAUAAUUUUGUAAAAUGAAUAGAGAUAAUUACGAAAUUUCCGAAACUCUCAAGCUAGCAAAAUUAUACAUUGAAAACUUGAAUAGCCUAAAAACCGAAAUACAUUGCGUAGAAAAGCAAAUCGCGACCACUUACAGUGAAACUGAGCAAAAUAUCAAAGAAACUUUUUCUAACCUCAAAGAAGUUUUAAGGAAAACUUUGGAAAGAAGAGAAAAGAAAUUGUUGGAGAAAGCCGAAAAAGUAAAAAAUGAAGGUGUUCUACCUCUAAAACAAUGUGAACAAGUCAUAGAAAAAAACAUACAACACACGCUCAAACUGAUCGAUGAAGGUUCCCAAAUCACUGACAAAGAUCAAAGUAGAAUAAUAAAUUUCCUGGAAAAAGCAGGUAUUUUGGGCAAUUUACCAGAAGUGCCUGAGUCGAAAGAAGUGCCUUAUAUUUCUUUUUACCAUGAACCAACUGUAGGAAAUGAAUUAGAGAAUUUAUGUUUGAAUUUUGGAGAAGUGUUUAGAACUGCACCAAUACAGAUUAAUACUGUCUCACCUAAACCUGGUGCUUUAUUGAUUCAAUGGCAACAAUCCUAUGAAAAUAACGAUGACCGUGUUAAAGAUAUACAAGAGUUUAAACUUCAAAGAGCCUUUGGUGAUGUUAUCAAAGAGAAAAAAUUAGCAGUCAAUUUCAUUGAUUGUUACACAGGUACUGAUUUCCAAUAUCUUCAAAGAGACAUACAAAUAUCUCAAACUUAUUCAUUUAGAGUUUGUUGUAAAUUCGAUGGUACCACUGAAUGGAGCCCUUGGUCUGUACCUCAAGUGGGUGCAACGGAUACUCCGUGGUUUUCUUGGAUGUCUACUGAUAAAGUAAUCUUAUCUAAUGAAAAUAAAAUUGUAACUUCUAAAGAGGUUGGAGUUUUGGUUUUUUCUGAUGGUCCUCAAGUUUCUUUGACAGAUUCUGUAGAGUUUAGUAUAAUAGAAGUUGAUCCUAAAUCUGAAAUGAUGGUUGCUUUAUGCAUAGAAGAUCCCAAGGGGCAUAAAAAUCUUAAAGAUAUGUCUGAAAUAUUUAUGGUCAGUAGUAAUGGUAGAAUUUCAGUUGCUGGAGUGGAAAAAUCUACUGUUUUAGCCAGUUUUAGUAGAGGAUUAAAGGUUGGUUUUUCAUUAGAACCAAUCAACCCAGUUAAAGUAAGAGUCCAUGUGGACUGCAAAGAAAAACGUGUGACUUAUGAUUGGUCGAUAAAAGAAAACUCAAAGUUGUAUUUUGCUUGCCAAAUGAUGUCGUCAAUGUGGAAAGUUAUGGUUGAAUAAUUUGUUGAUUGGGAAAUAUUGGAUUAUGUGCCAAAUUUAUGAUGACAGCUUCAAGCCUGUUGGUGAUUUAUUUUAGGUAAAUAUGUAUAUCUUGACUUUAUUAUCUUAUUGUUUAUCGAUCUAAAUAUGUUUUUUUCUUGAGAAUUUUUGAUAUACAUUAUAUACUUGGGACUAAAACUAUAUUUUUUGAUAAUAGGUAUCUUUUAACUAAGAAAUCAAUUUUUUACUUAGCAAGAUAAGUGUGCAAUGAUAAAUGUGUAUUUUCUUGCAAACUGCAACUAUCUAUCCUCACUUAAGUUUAAGAAAAGUUAGUUAUAUUUUUUGGUUUGUGAAUGGAUGUAUAAGUAUUGUUUGUAUACUAGGUACUAAGAUGGUUAUGAAAAAAUUUAAUUGUUUGAUAAUUUUGGUUUGAGAUUAAUAUUGGGAAGUUCUUUCUCACAAGACAAGAAUAUAAAUGAAUCUAACAGAAAAAAAGUCCAUCGUUUUUCUUUGUGUAACAAACAGGUGUGUACCCUGCAACAUUCUUAUCCUGAAAAGGAUUGUUGUGGAACCACAAGGGUUAUUUUUCUCUUUGCCCUAAAAAUAUUUAGGUUCAAUCUCCUACAAG